CGGAAAUACUGGGGGACGCCGGGGAAGAGCACGAUGCCCCUCUACCGAUGAAUGAAGCCGAACCACUAACUUCAUUCAUUUUCGUUUCUUUCCAAACUCUGGACUCAUAUUCAGAUAUUGCAGGUGUGGAUGUCAGUUAGUUGCUGCAGGGUUGAACAAAGGUCUGUGGCUGCGCUGCGGCAUCGUGCCUGUAUCUGAGGAGCCAUGUCUGUGUCAGUGAUCAUCAAGUGGGGAGGACAGGAGUACUCCAUCAGCUCUCUCUCUGAGGAGGACACUGUGUUGGACCUGAAGCAGUCCAUCAAGAGCUUAACUGGAGUGUUGCCAGAGAGACAGAAACUAUUAGGAUUGAAGAUCAAAGGUAAACCUGCAGAGGAUGAAGUCAAGCUGGGUUCUUUAAAGCUAAAGCCUAACACUAAAAUUAUGAUGAUGGGUACCAGAGAAGAAAGCCUGGAAGAUGUUUUAGCUCCUCCCCCAGACAACGACGAUGUUGUAAAUGAUUUUGACAUUGAGGACGAGGUCAUAGAGGUGGAGAACAGAGAGGAGAAUCUUGCUAAAAUAGCUCGCAGAGUCAAAGACUAUAAAGUGGAAGAACUGAACCCUCCCAGAGAAGGCAAGAAGCUCCUGGUGUUGGAUGUGGAUUACACUCUGUUUGAUCACAAGUCGUGUGCAGAAACGGGUCACGAGCUGAUGAGACCAUACCUGCACGAGUUUCUCACGUCUGCCUAUGAGGACUACGACAUUGUCAUCUGGUCUGCUACAAGUAUGAAGUGGAUAGAGGCCAAGAUGAAAGAGCUGGGAGUGACGGACAACCCAAACUACAAGAUCACAUUUAUGUUGGACAGUGCAGCCAUGAUUACGGUACACACCCCGAAAAGAGGGGUGGUAGAGAUAUUUAUCAAAGAGGCAGCAGCACUGAGGAUCAAGAGUCAACUGUCUACCAACAAUUGGGCUCAAAACAACAACAACCCCGUGGUUCAGUUCUCCCAACACACAUCCACUGAAUUUAUCCAGCUCUCCAGACAACCUUGUCUGACUUGUACCAUUCAUUAACCUGUUACCUUGCAGUCACUAAAACGGUUUGGCUCAGAACUGAUGCGUCCCCUCCUCCUUAUAAAUCCACACAGUUUCCUUCGUCUGCACAUUUUGCCCCAAAUGUGUUCUUUAAAUUAAUUGCUGUGAACUGUGACAAACUGCAGACUGGCUACCGGCUCAUGAUAAAGAGUUUCUAACACACACAGUCAAGAUCACAGUGACCUGCAGACA